GCACCUCUUACUCUAUCGCUCUUAUAUUCUUCUUGUUGUUUGUUCUUAUAUUAUCUUCAUCUCUAUAGCAUGUCCAAAUCCUGGUGCAACUUCACUUCAUGGCCUCCUUGAUAGGCAGCCGUGCAUAAUUUUUCUUACCCAAAUUAUCCAAAAUUUAUGACUUCUCAACUUAUUAGGUUGGGUAUGGCAAUGAAAACACAGUUUUUGGCUGUAAAAGACAAGUUGUCAAGCUAUAGUCUCUAGGGUUUCUGUUUCUUCCUAACUAGUGCUUGUUUUAGGGUUUUCAGUUUCAUUAUUUUGUUUCUUUUUUUAGAUAUUUACUAGCUUUUGUCAUCUGGGUUUGUUGAUAAAUGGAGGAUUAUAAUCAGCUAAACGAGAACACAACUCCAAGAGGAAACUUCUUGUAUAGUUCUCAAGUUCUUGGACCCAAUUCUUCAGCAUAUGGUCGAGCAAAUACUGGUUCUAACGUGAGUAAUCAACAGACCCAGAUGCCUAUUAGCAGCAGCUUUCAUCUUCAAUCAGGUAAUUGUUUUCAAUCUGAAGCACACCCGAUCGUGAAAACUGAAGCCAGCACCUCACAGCUUGGUCCAAAAUUUCACUACCCUCUUAUGAGAGGCCAUCAAUCACAAGAAGGAAGUGAGAGCUCCAAUGAAGCUGAAGCUAUUAAAGCCAAAAUCAUAGCCCAUCCUCAGUACUCUAACCUUUUGGAAGCUUACAUGGAUUGCCAAAAGGUGGGAGCACCGCCUGAAGUAGUGGCUCGACUAUCAGCUGCUAGACAGGAAUUCGAGUCAAGGCAGCGAUCAUCAUCUUCUUCUCGAGACACUUCCAAAGACCCGGAACUCGAUCAGUUUAUGGAAGCUUAUUACGACAUGCUGGUGAAAUAUCGGGAAGAGCUAACAAGGCCAAUAGAAGAAGCCAAGGAAUUCAUCCGGAGAAUCGAAACGCAGCUUAAUGUGCUCAGCAAUGGCUCGGUGCGGAUCUUCAACGCGGAUGAGAAGUGUGAGGGUGUUGGUUCGUCUGAGGAUGAUCAAGACAAUAGUGGCGGCGAAACAGAACUUCCUGAAAUUGAUCCGCGUGCUGAAGACCGAGAACUGAAGAGUCACUUACUAAGGAAGUAUAGUGGUUAUUUGAGCAGCCUUAAGCAAGAGUUGUCCAAGAAAAAGAAGAAAGGGAAACUACCCAAAGAAGCCAGGCAGAAGUUACUUAGCUGGUGGGAGCUACACUACAAAUGGCCUUAUCCUUCGGAAACAGAGAAGGUGGCAUUGGCUGAAUCAACUGGUUUGGACCAAAAGCAGAUAAACAACUGGUUCAUAAAUCAAAGGAAGCGGCACUGGAAACCUUCUGAAGAUAUGCAAUUCAUGGUGAUGGAUGGCCUUCAUCCACAGAAUGCUGCUCUCUAUAUGGAUGGCCACUACAUGGGUGAUGGUCCUUACCGUUUAGGACCAUAAACAAUUUGUGAGUUAGAUACAACUCCCUAUGCUUCCACAAGAAGGCUGGAAUCUACAUAUAUAUAUAUAUAUAUAUAUAUAUAUAUAUAGUGUCAUUAUCAAGUGUAGCAUAUAAGUGUUAGUCAUGCCACAUUGUAUUUUAAUUGAGAGUUGGGUAAUGUCCUAAAACCAAAUUUGAUAGUUUUUUCUUCCACAAAUGCCAUCACUAUGAUUUGGUGUAGCUUGUCUAUGUAUGUUACGGUGAUCAUUGAGGACAGGGAAUGCAGUAAUUGUCAUUGUACACUUGA